UUUUAUUUUCUUUGUGCACUUUGACGUCCCUUGACCUACUACAAUAUGGGCUUCCUGUGCUGWUAAACAUGGCGGUCAAACCACUGGUAUCCCGCUUUGCGGUCCUUGGAGGUGGAAUUUCAGGCCUUUCAGCUGCUUAUUUUUUGGCUAAGAGGCAUGCAGACCCUAGUAAAAUAACACUUAUUGAAGCUAGUCCUCGCUUAGGUGGAUGGAUGCAUAGCAUCAGAUCGAACGAUGGUGCAAUCUUUGAGCAAGGACCUAGAAGCUUACGGCCUGCAGGACCUGCCGGAUGGGCCACAUUGAAAUUGGCAAGCGAGUUGGAUCUUGAACCUCAGAUAAUCCCAAUAACAAGAMRUCAUAUUGGUGCUCAAAACAGAUUUAUUUACUCAAAUGGCAAAGUGCAUAAACUUCCCAGCAGUAUCUUAUCCAUCAUCAGAAAGCAAUCUCUAUAUUCCAAAUCACUUUUGCCAACAAUAUUAAAAGAACCAUUUAUAAAGAAAAAAGAUGAUGAUAGUGACGAGUCAGUUUAUGAUUUUUUCUGCAGACGACUUAACAAAGAUCUUGCCCAAUACACUGCAGAUCCAAUGAUCCGAGGCAUUUUUGCUGGAGAUGCAAGACUCCUCAGUUUAAAGUCUGCUUUAUCRCCAGUUUACACCAUGGAAAAAUCUCAUGGUUCUGUGGUCAAGGCUGCUAUCUUUCCAGGAAAAACUACAACACCAGAUUCCAAUCCACUAGUUCAAAGAUCCAUCAAAGAAAAAUGGAGUAUUUGGUCCCUGCAAGGCGGCCUACARACACUUGCAGACAAGAUAUAUGAAUCRCUGCUKGAUAUGGGAGUACAAGUUCUACUAGAUACACCAUGUCAUGAAAUUGAAUUCCAGCAGGACGGUUCCRURAGCCUCCAUACAAGAAACCAAAAAUUGGUCCACGACCAUCUUUUCUGUUCUUUGUCUGCUUGUAGAGUGUCUCCAUUGUUGCAUGACUCACUUGCCAAGUUAAAGAAUGAUUUGAMCAGCAUAAAAUCAGUGUYCGUAGGCCUAGUUAAUCUAGAAUACCAAGGAAAUGUAAUCAAAGAUGGUGGUUUUGGUGUCCUAGUACCAUCGUCAGAACCAGUGAAAGUCUUAGGAAUAAUUUAUGAUUCAUGUGUUUUCCCUCAACAURACAGCAAAGCAGAUUCCAGCAGAUUAACCGUUAUGAUGGGUGGUCAUUGGUUCAAUGAACACUUGGGUGACCCCGACAAUAUAACAUCAGAUACUCUCAUUAACACUGCACUGGAUGGAGUCAGGAAAAUACUUGGUGUGACACAARAUCCAAUGCGUUCCAUGGCUUCAGUACAAAAGAACUGCAUUUCACAGUAUACCAUUGGACAUAGUGACAGAAUAGACAGAAUAUUUAGUUACAUUCAAGAAAAGAAACUACCAMUGUCUCUAAUUGGUGCUUCAUAUAAAGGGGUUUCUGUCAAUGACUGUGUUUUAAAUGCUAAAAAAGCUGUUGACGAAUUAUGAAGUGGGUAGCACCAUUUAUUAGGUUGAAACAUAAC